GUGAGCGCAGUGCGCAUGCUCCGAGCGUUAUAUAGCUCAGGGACGGUCUCAGUGGUGGAGCAGACAGAGCGAGCUGUGGUUCCUCUCCGGUUCCUCUUGGUUCUUUCCAUCCUGAUGGCUGAGGACAUUCUGCUCUACUGGGGCUCCGGGUCUCCUCCCUGCUGGAGGGUGAUGAUCGCCCUGGAGGAGAAGAACCUGCACGGGUACAAGAGCAAGCCGCUCUCCUUCAAACAGCAGGAGCACAAGGGUCCGGAGGUGCUGGCGCUGAACCCCCGGGGGCAGAUCCCCACAUUCAAGCAUGGAGACAUUGUGGUGAAUGAAUCCAUUGCUGCCUGCAUGUAUCUGGAGAGUCGAUUUAAAUCUCAGGGUUCUCAGCUGAUGCCGGACAGUGUGACUGAGCAGGCUCUGGUUCUGCAGAGAAUGUUUGAGUGCAUCACAAUGCAGAAGAAAAUGUAUGACGUUGUGUUCUACGAGUGGUUCGUUCCGGAGGGUGAGAGACAUGAGUCGGCUCUGAAGAGGAAUAAGGAGAAUCUGACCACAGAGCUGAAGCUGUGGGAGAGCUACAUGCAGAAGUUGGAUAAAGGAUCGUAUUUGGCUGGGAAGAGUUUCUCGAUGGCUGAUGUCGUGUGUUUCCCCUAUAUCGCCUUGCUCGUCUGGUUUGGGCUGAAUACAGAGCGCUACCCCAGGCUGGGGGAGUAUUACGAGCUGGUGAAGGAGCGUCCCAGCGUUAAAGCCUCAUGGCCACAAAGGCUGGAGAACCCUCAGGACCAGGACAACAUCAAUGGCCUGUGAGGAACCCAACACUCACAGAACAGGAGUCACCGGUUAUCCCACCAUCCAAUGAGGAAAUGUUAACGCUCACUAAUACAGAUUUUUGGGCUUUUUUUGUAUGUGUUUGGUAAUAAUAACUACAGGCUCAAUAAGAAUGAAUGUGAAUUAGUGGCAUUUGGAGCUGAGGUCUCACCAUCAGACACCAUCAGAUGAGCUUUAGAUGAGGAAACCGACUUUCUUCUCAUGUUUGAUGUUCACCGAUAUAUAAUAACUACAUCAUUGUUUUUGUAUAUCAGACACCACAAUAUCUAAUCUAACGCCAUGCAACAAGCCUCAUAUGAGAACUUUAUACUUCCAUUACAUUUUAUAUCUUCACUAAAGCACCUUUUUUGGCCUUCUUUGAAUUUUUGAGACUAAUGUGACCUGUUAUGUGUGAGUAACUACUCCGUGAUGACUGUAGUGAUUGUAUCUUUUCCGGUUCCUGUCAAGUGUCACUGUGAUCAUGUUAAUAAAAGUUAACCCUGUAGAGUC